GUUUGGUACAGCACAACUUUCUCUCUGCUCUGCUUGUUGUUAUACAAGACCUCGCUUUAUAAAACCCCAAGGACUCAAAGAAAAGCAAACUUCACCUUUCUUCUUUCCCUUUCUUUUUCCUUACACCUUAUUUCUCCUCCCACCUUAACCUUUAUUCCCCUCAUAUCUCCUACCCCUUAUAAGCUUACCUUAUAUCCGACAUCUUUUUGAUUGUUUUCAGCAUCUUUUGGCCAAUUUCGAUCGAUUUCCAAUCCCGAAUCCAGAAGAUCAUCCCCCCUUGAAACAUAAAAGACCCCUCCCUGCCCUGCAUUUUGACUUAAUUUAUCCAGAGUAAAAAUGGUUCGCGCUUCGAUUCUUUCUAUCAUCGCCCUCUCGGCCGCGGUUCACGCCAGCACCUACGAGUCCAACACGGAUGCCGUUGAGUCCACCUCUGUCCCGGCUACCAGCGUCACUCCGACUUCCUCUGUCGCGGAGACCACUUCGGUUUCGUCUGUUGUCCCGACCCUAUCUUCUCUCGAGGAGACCACCGAGGCCACCACCGAGGCCACCACUGAGGAGACCACUGAGGAGACCACUGAGGAGACUACCGAGGCUACCACCGAAGAGACCACCGAGUCGACUACUGAGGAGACCACCGAGGCCACCACUGAGGAGACCACCGAGGCCACCACUGAGGAGACCACUGAGGCUACCACCGAAGAGACUACCGAGGUCACUUCUGAGGAGACCACGGAGGUCACUUCUGAGUCUACUUCUGAGGAGGCUACCGAGGCCACUUCGUCUGAGGCUACUUCUGAGGAGACUACCGAGGCCACUUCGUCUGAGGCCACUUCGGAGGAGACCUCUGAGGAGACCUCUGAGGAGAUCUCUGAGGAGACCACCGAGGCCACUUCUGAGGCUACUUCGGACGAGACUACCGAGGCCACUUCUGAGGAGAUCUCUGAGGAUACAACCUCAUGCGAGAGCACCACCACCGACUGCUCGACUACUGAGGAGUCUUCUACAGAAGAGUCCUCGUCUGCCGACGAGUGCCACGGUGACUGCAGCACCGAUGUUGAGACCGUCACCGAGACCACCCCGUGCGAGCCCACCACCGUCACUGAGACCAUUGUCACGACCCCGUGCCAUGAGUGCGAGCCGACUACCGUCACCACUGUCUACACUGUGACCCCGACCACCGAGGUCCCGUCGUCGGUCGAGUCCACCUCGGAGACCACCACCCCGUGCGAGCCCACCACCGUCACCGAGACUGUUGUCACGACCCCGUGCGACGAAUGCGAGCCGACUACCGUCACCACUGUCUACACCGUGACCCCGACUACUGAGGUCGAGUCCACCACCCCGUGCGAGCCUACUACCGUCACUGAGACUGUUGUCACGACUCCGUGCCAUGAGUGCGAGCCGACUACCGUCACUACUGUCUACACCGUGACCCCGACCACCGAGGUCCCGUCGUCGGUCGAGUCCAUCUCGGAGACCACCACCCCGUGCGAGCCCACCACCGUCACUGAGACUGUUGUCACGACCCCGUGCCAUGAGUGCGAGCCGACUACCGUCACCACUGUUUACACCGUGACCCCGACCACCGAGGUCCCGUCGUCGAUUGAGUCUUCGUCCGAGACUACCUGCCCCGCUGAGGUUGUCACCGUGACCGACGCUGACUGUGUUGAGACCGUCACCAAUGACGUCGUUGAGACCGUCACUGCCAGCGGCAAGGACUCGACUGUCACUGAGACCAUUGUCAAGUCGGGUGAGGGUGCCGUCGUUACUGAGACCAUCAGUGCCGAGGUUCUCGUCUCGAUCGAGGACUGCACCACCGAGUACGUCACUGAGACCGUCCCGGGCUCUGACAUCUGCCCCACCCAGACCGAGACUGUUGGCACAACCACCACUGUUGUUGUUACCAACGAGAGCGAGCUCACCAACUACGUCACUGAGACCGUCGCCCAGACCACUGGUGGCGCCGAGCAGACUGUUACUGUCACUGUCGAGAACACCGUCCCGGCUGCCGAUGUCACCGUGACCGAGGCCGUGACCGAGACCUGCGAGGGUGAGGAUGCCACCGUCACUAUCCCGGGCGCUGCUGGCGAGACUGUUACCGUUACCAACGCUGUCCCGACCACGGUCACUGUCGACAACACUGUUACCGAGUACCAGGAGACCCACACCGCCCCUGCUCAGACUGACAUCAACACCGUCACUGUCGCUGGCUCCGACGUUGUCGUUGAGGAGACCAAGGAGGUCACCAUCCAGGAGGUUUGCGAUGAGGAGGUCACCGUCACUGAGACCCGCGAGGAGGACGUCACUGUCUCCCAGACCAUCGAGUCCACAAACAUCGUCACUGUCCCGACUGACGUUGUCGUCCCGACCACCGUCUACUGCGAGAACGUCGCCACCGAGACCGUCCAGAACGACGUGACCGUCACUGUCCCGAUGGUUGCCACCGAGACUGUCCUCAGCACCAACCAGGCGACUGCCUACUACCCUGUGUACGAGACCAUCGUCCAGGAUAACACUGUCACCCAGACUGUCACCCACGUCGUGGACACCACCGUCACCAACGUCCAGACGGUCCUGGUCGGCGGCGAGACUAGCGUCGUCCUGAACACUGUUACCCAGACCGUGCCGAGCGAGACUAUCACUGUCACUCAGGUCCAGGAGGAGACUGAGGCGUGCGAGGAGGAUGUCAUCGUCACCGUGACCGAGGCCGUCACCGAGACCCGCAAGGAGGAUGUCACCGUCACUGUCUGCGACACUACCCCGAGUGAGGUUCUGCCCACCAGCACGACUGCCACCACCCCGUGUGAGCCGACCACCGUCACCAAGACCAUCGAGACCACCCCGUGUGAGGAGUGCGAGCCGACUACCAUCAUCACCACCAUCGUGGAGACCCCGUCGUCGGUUGAGUCGUCGUCGGAGACCACUACCCCGUGCGAGCCCACCACUGUGACCUCGACCAUCGUCACGACCCCGUGCGAGGAGUGCGAGCCGACCACCAUCACCACCACCAUCGUGGAGACCCCGUCGUCGGUUGAGUCGUCGUCGGAGACCACUACCCCGUGCGAGCCCACGACCUACACCACGACCUACACCACCACCCCGUGCCCGGUCUGCGAGCCGACCACUGUGACCACUGUUGUCACGGAGACCCCGUCGGCUUCGGAGGAGUCGUCGGAGGAGCCCUCGUCGGAGGAGCCUACUGAGUCGUCGGAGGAGUCUGUCGUCUCGUCGGAGGAGUCUGGUGUCUCGUCGGAGGAGCCCGCUGAGUCAUCAGAGGAGUCUGUCAUCUCGUCGGAGGAGGUUGUCUCUUCGUCGGAGGAGUCUGCUGAGUCGUCGGAGGAGUCUGUCGUCUCGUCGGAGGAGGUUGUCUCUUCGUCGGAGGCCGCUUCGUCUGAUGCCGCUUCGUCGGAGGAGGUUGUCUCGUCUGAGGAGCCCACCACCGAGGAGUCUGCUGCUUCUACUGCUGAGGAGACCUCCGAGGCUACCUCCGAGGCUACCUCUGACGAGCAGACCACCGAGGCUACUACUGAGGCCACCACUGACGUCGAUGAGUCCACUGGCUUCGAGUCGUCGGCCCCGGCCACCAGCAUCACCGCUGCUCUCUUCUAAGGAGACAACGAGUCUUAGUGGCCCGUUGCUGAAGGCUGCAUCUUAGAGCUGUGGUGCGCAAUCCUGCGCAAUGCUACUCUUGUAAAAUCGUUGCGAUUUUUGUUUCUACAAGAUUCCCCUCCCUCCCACUUCCCCUUUUCUCUGGUUAUCUAACGCACAACAACUUGUUCUAGGAUGAAGGCAUAAUUGUUUUCCCUUUUGUUUCUUUUUGUUUCUCUUUCAAUACUACAACUGGC